CUUGAAAGAAACUGGGAGAGGGGCCUUCCAAACCACCAAUGAGUGAAAGCUUGUUCUGUUUCAUUGCUCAAACUCAAACAGAUAUUGUCAGCAAACAUUGAAAGAAUAAGGAAUGCAGGUGCUUGUUUGUUGUUUUCUUUUUUUUUCUGUCCUCACUUCUCCUGUGUUCAUUUCCAACAGCCCACCCCAAGCCAAAAUACCUUGUUCUCUUGGAAAGGGGCAAUAUUUCAUUCUUGGCUCUGUGACUUCCCUGUAAUGUGUCCCCUUGAAGCAAAGAUCUGGCAUUAUGAAGUUAGUAGGCUUAGGGCACAGAUCAGAAGAGUCGCAAGCAAAGGGAUUUCCAGACCUUUGGAGCAAAAAAUUCUCUCUGGAACUGCAGUUUGUGAGAAGCUGAAGGAAGGACCUGGGGAAAGUGAGGAGGCAGAGGAGGAAGCAGUGCUAGAAGGAAAGAUUGCAACAGUGGGACAUAAGUGGGAAGAGAGCCAUUUGCUGACUGCAGAGCAUGAGGACAGUGGUGAGGCCUAGCUUUUACUUUUCUCACCCAGAACCACACAGAGAUCUUACAGAUGCCAUUCAAGGGGAGCAGUGAAGUUCUGAUGGAUGCACUGCACAGUUUGAAAACUGAAAGCAAAGCAAGGAUUGUGUCUACAUUUCUAAUGCCUGAAUCUGCUGCAAGGAGGUUCUUCAGCGAAAGCACUGGUGAGCUUGAAAGAGGGAAGUUUGUCCAAUACGUGGAAUGAAAAAUAUAAUUCACUGCAGAAAACUCCCAUUUGGAAAAGCAAGAAUGUUGGCUCUACUGUGGAAAUGCCCUUCAGAAAUUCAAAACGGAGUCGACUCUUCUGUGAAGAAGAUGACAGACAAAUAAACACAAGGUCACCCAAAAGAAAUCAGAAGGUUGUGAUGGUUCCACAGAAGUUUAAUACAACGAUGUCAACACCAGACAAGAAAGCUUCACAGAAGAUUGGUUUACGGCUUCGUAACCUGCUCAAACUUCCCAAAGCUCACAAGUGGUGCAUAUAUGAAUGGUUCUAUUCUAAUAUAGAUAAACCCCUAUUUGAAGGAGAUAAUGAUUUCUGUGUAUGCCUGAAGGAAUCUUUUCCAAAUUUGAAAACCAGAAAAUUGACAAGAGUUGAAUGGGGAAAAAUCAGACGAUUAAUGGGAAAACCACGGAGGUGCUCCUCUGCGUUCUUUGAGGAAGAAAGAUCAGCAUUAAAACAGAAGCGGCAGAAAAUAAGACUUUUGCAGCAGCGUAAAGUUGCAGAUAUUUCACAGUUCAAAGAUCUUCCAGAUGAAAUUCCAUUGCCCCUUGUAAUAGGAACAAAAGUUACAGCACGAUUACGAGGUGUCCAUGAUGGGCUAUUCACAGGACAGAUAGAAGCAGUAGACACCCUUAACGCUACGUACAGAGUCACUUUUGACAGGGCAGGUCUUGGAACACAGACAAUCCCAGAUUAUGAAGUUCUUAGUAAUGAACCUCAUGAAACCAUGCCAAUUGCCGCCUUUGGGCAGAAACAACGGCCUUCUAGGUUCUUUAUGACCCCUCCCCGGCUGCAUUAUACACCUUCACUCCAGUCUCCAAUUACAGACAGCGAUCCUUUAUUAGGACAGUCAUCGUGGAAAAACAAAAUUUCAGGCACAGACAGUGAAACGCUAGGUGGCUUUCCAGUAGAGUUCCUCAUUCAAGUGACCAGGUUAUCGAAAAUCCUUAUGAUCAAGAAGGAACACAUCAAACAAUUAAGAGAGAUGAAUACGGAAGCAGAAAAGCUGAAAUCCUAUUCUAUGCCAAUAAGCAUUGAGUUUCAGAGGAGAUAUGCAACUAUUGUUCUAGAUCUAGAACAACUAAACAAAGACUUAAAUAAAGUGUUGCAUAAAGUUCAGCAGUAUUGUUAUGAGCUUGCUCCAGACCAAGGCCUCCAGCCCGCAGACCAGCCAACAGAUCUGAGGCGGAGGUGUGAAGAGGAGGCUCAGGAAAUUGUUAGGCAAGCAAAUUCCUCCACAACAGGACAGCUUUGUGUCGAAAGUGAAAAUUUAACUGACCUUAUCUCUAGACUUACAGCAAUAUUACUGCAGAUUAAGUGUCUAGCAGAAGGAGGUGACCUGAAUUCCUUUGAAUUUAAAUCACUAACAGAUUCAUUAAAUGACAUUAAGAAUUCAAUAGACUCCUCAAAUAUCAGUUGUUUUCAGAAUAAUGUUGAGAUCCAUGUUGCACAUAUUCAGAGUGGUCUGAGCCAGAUGGGAAAUUUACAUGCCUUUGCAGCUAAUAACACCAACAGAGACUGAAAACUUUCUUUCAAGUGUAUAGCAAGUAGUUCUGGAAAAUCCUCUUCAUUUAUAUAUGCUUCAACAAAUGCCCUAACUGCCAGAAGAUAAGGGAAAAGAAAACCUCUCGGACCCUUUAAAAUAUAUUGUAUUUGCUUCUUAAGGAAACCAGCAUUACUGGCAAGCAUUACAUUAAAUUUCUCCAUUUGUUAUUCACAUGCAGUAGUUUUGCUAACUGGUAAUCUCUUAGUAAUUGCAUUUAUUAUAAUACACCUGAAAACAUACUUUCAUAUAAUUUGAACUUAGUUUUUAAAAGUUCAGAUUAAUUCUGCCCACCUCUUGUUGUUGGCUCUCCUGGUACGUUAGAUGAAGUGAUGAAGAGGAAAUGGCUCACAUCAGUAACUAUGUGGCAGUCUUUGUUCCUUCAAGCUGCACUUCUGUAGGUACCUGAGAUGCCACCAGCUAGCAUGGUAACAGCAUGGGCUGAGGGUUCCAGGUCUAAAGAAGCAGCGGUGGGAUGUGGACAGAGAACUAAAGUUGCAGAAGAUGUUGGGCAGGUCUGUAGAUCAGCCAGUGUUUCGUUGGAACAUUUAAUUUAUCAUAACUUAUAUAAGAAGUCUAAUGAAGGAAUAUAAAAAAUGGAAGUGAUACCUUUCCAGAAACAGAGUCGUUACGGCUUUUUCCCUCUAUGUGGGGCAAAAAGAAGUGUUUUAGUUGGUAUUUUAUAUAAAUGAGUGAUAAAACAUACUGUUUUUCCAACUUUUGGUUUGUUUUGCACAACUUUUAAAUUAAAUUCCUGGUUAUCUGACAUACCCUACAUAUAUAAAUACAAAGGUUUUUAUAAUAAAAUAUAACCAGUGAGGUAAACUGCAAAAAUUAAAAGUGACAACCUGCCUAUGAGUACAUUUUUGGAAUGUUAACCUUGUAAAAAGUGUGUAUUGGUUUGUUUAAAUAGUCUUGUAAAGCUUCUGUGUAAUGAAUCAUUUCCAGAUAUGGAUUUUCAGAGAUAGCUGUAGAGUUGUUUUGGAUUCCUUUAGAUGCCUCAUUAAAUGAGGUCUUUUAUAUGUUAAUGUAUAAAGAAUAUGUAAACAGGAUUAUUUUCAAUUUUAAAAUUUUGUAUAGUUUAAAGAUGCUUCUGUAUUCUGUGUUGGUAUUGUGCCACUGCAAAACUUUAGUGCAGAGUUUAUAUUUAGCUAAACUUGUUCUGUUAAUUAAGAGAAAUGCAUAAAUCUUUUAUUCUCGGUGAAAUUUGUAACUGAAUAAAUUGAACUGUAAGAGUUGAUAUAUUUCACAAAAAUGCAAACUUCUGGCAC